AAGUUGAUGUUUGCGUCCGCACAGCUCUCUGAACUGUGGCGAAAAGACGUUUCCGCCCACAAGAAAGAUGGCGGCCCCCUUGCUGGAGCAACUGUCGGAGUCUUUAGGUUCCCCGGAACCAGCGAUUCGGCUCAUUUUAUCUAUUUUAAUCGGGUAUCCCUUUGCUGUGGUGUACCGGUGGUUCUUGUUCUACCAGACUCCCACAGUUAUCCAUUUAUUCCACACCUUCUCUGGAUUGGCUCUAGCAGCAUUCAACUUUGGCUCUCAGCUCUAUCACUCCGUAGUAUGCGUCCUUAUCCAAUUUCUGAUGCUGAGGCUCAUGGGAAGGACGGUAACAGCCAUCCUGAGCAGCUUUACCUUUCAAAUGUUAUACCUACUAGCGGGGUAUUAUUACACAGCCACAGAGGAGUAUGACAUCAAGUGGACUAUGCCUCACUGUGUCCUCACACUUAAACUUAUCGGUUUGGCGUUUGAUUACUAUGAUGGCGGGAAGGAACCGUCCAAGCUGAGCGCAGAGCAGAAGGCGUCGGCCCUGCGGUCCGUGCCCUCGCUGCUCGAGGUGUGCGGCUUCUCCUACUUCUAUGGCGGUUUCCUUGUGGGUCCCCAGUUUACACUGCGCAGCUACCAAAGACUUGUGGCAAGGGAGCUCACCGACUGCCCUGGAAAGGUUCCCAACAGUGUUGUACCAGCUAUGAAGAGGUUUGCUCUUGGUUUCCUCUGCCUGGUGAUAUAUGCGAUAUUUAGUCCUCAUUAUCCAGACAGCUACUAUUUAACAGAUGAGUAUGAGGCGCAGCCAUUCUGGUAUCGCUGUGUGUUCAUUCUGCUGUGGGGCAAAAUCAUUUUGUAUAAAUAUGUCAGCUGUUGGGUUAUAGCGGAAGGUGUAUGCAUAUUAACUGGACUGGGAUACAAUGGAGUAGUGGACGGUAAGCACCAGUGGAACGCGUGCGCCAAUAUGAAGGUGUGGCUCUUUGAGACGACGCCACUCUUUGGAGGAACCAUUGCUUCUUUCAACAUCAACACUAACGCCUGGGCUGCCAGACAUGUGUUCAAGCGGUUGAAGUUCUUGGGCAAUAAGACUUUAUCUCAUGUGGCCACGCUGUUCUUUUUAUCGAUUUGGCACGGCCUUCACUCCGGGUACAUCUUGUGCUUCUCCAUGGAGUUCUUCAUCAUCACCGUGGAGCGACAGGCCCAGGCACUAGUAAAGGACAGUCCUGUGCUGACAAAGCUGGCCAACAGUGCACUCUACCCCCUCAUCUAUGUAGUCCAGCAGUUUAUCCACUGGCUCUUCAUGGGGUAUCCUUUAGUGGCAUUCUGCAUCUUCAGUUAUGACAAAUGGCUCAAGGUGUAUUCUUCUGUUUAUUUCUGUGGUCACCUAUUCUUCCUAGCAGCAUAUUUAAUAAUGCCAUACCUCCGUAAGGCGCUGGUGCCUAAAAAGGAGGGAAGAGAGAAGAAACAGGAAUAAGACUUGAUACUAGAACUUGGCGUGGUCCAUCCAUCGUUGAGACUGAGUACUUAAGGGAACUACGACUUCCAAGGAGCAGAACGGAAAAUAUUUUAAGGCCUUUUAGUAAUAUAUGUCCAUGUUUAAAAAGAAAAAAUAAAUAAAUUUCUAUAUAUUUUUGUGUUUCAGGCGGGAAGGGUGUUUUUAUAAACAUUUGGAGAGAUGUUUACAGGAAAUUACCAUUGUGCCACAGGGGUGUAAUUGUGAGCCAAUCAGGAGCAAUUUCCUGUUUUUUGUCUUUUCUUUUUUAAAAUUUCACCACAUGUGGGACUCAGAGAUUCAUUUGCUGUCGACACAGAACUGCACACGCUCACAAGUCACGGGUUCAGAGUCUGUUUUUGGCUCUUUUUCUUUCUUUUUAAAAAAAAAAAUGCGUUCUUUAUUCCACGUCCACAUUGAGCAGGAAGUGUGAGCACACAUGUGGCACUUUCUGAUGUUGUGCUACGACAUGUGUAAGAAGAUGGAUGGUAAUGGUAAUCAUCAUCAGGGCUUCUUCUUCCUAAAUGGCUGCCAGUGGUUAUACAAGCACUCUAAAUCACACACUGUACACUAACACCCAACUCUAAAUGGCCUUGUAUUAAUGAAUGUUUUUACAGUACAUUUGUUCUGGAUUUAAUUUGAUUUGUUAUUGGGGGUGGGGGUAAAAAAUUGAAUUUUAUAAAGUUAACAUGUUUUAUGAAAAUGAACUUUUUUGUAGCUUUGGAUAAGAUUUAAUGAAACGAUUGUUCUCCCGCCUUUCCUCAGUGAUGGUUUUCUUCUCGCCACAUCUCCUCUUCUCCCUCUGUUGUGUUUACGCCGCUCUGUCUUUCUGUCUGCCUCGAUUCAAGCCCCUCGACUCUAAAAAUGUACACUUGUGAAAGUGAACAGCCCUACAGUCACUACAGUUAAUUGUUUUGGUUCUUUUGGUGUUCUGAUUUUAUAUGAAAAGGGGGGGAAAACAGGCUUUUUUAAGGGGGGGUGAAAUUUUCUUCUUCUUUUUUUUUUUUUCUUUUUUUUUGAACUGGAAGCAAACAAAUAAAAUGGUGUUGGGGGGGGCGGGGAGGGGACAGUCCUGGCUACUAAGUGGAAGGUUCCCAUGCCUCCUUUAUUCUGAGGGGUGCUGUUAUGUCUGAUCCAUGCAUUGCUGGAGAAAGGCCUCUGCCUCUGAGGCCGGUGCACGCACACACACACACACACACACACCCAUGGAGAGGACGAACCUCGCUGUAACGGCAGCCCAGAUUUUUGGUAAUAUUUAUACAUGACACAGUGAUUAUUAAUUGAUGUGAACUGCUAUUCCAAGAGACUUCUUUUUCAUGCCUUACUCCUAAAAGAUGUAGAAAGGAACAAAAAAAUGUAUGUGGCAAAGAGAAUGGGGAGGGUAUUUUUUUUUUUUUUCUUUUUCUUUUGUAAUGUUAAAUAAAAUGCUGCUUUCAACCUC